ACCCACCGACUGUUCCACGGGCGAAGGUUUGAGCAUAAACCCCUCGGCUCAGAACAAAUCGACGCUGGGAAAUACAUCAACGGGACAGCUGGAGGAACAAUAGACUCGAGGUCUCACCUUCCUCAUGGCUGGAAGAUCUGCUCAAGGCCGGCGGGCCUCACAGGACGUCGGUUUAUUGCCAGUGGUUCGCACUCCAGAACGCGGGAGACGUUCUCAUAGUAUUGGUGACGAUACUCCACGACCUACAGGUCUGCUGCAUGGUGCUAGUUCCGGUACAAAUGCAAGUACAUUGUCUGCAGAGUCUGGCAGUCCUCCCAACACUCAUAGCCUCGCCGAUCAUCUGCCAACAAAGGGCAAAUUGGGUUUCUUCGGCGAGAAGUUGUUGUCUUCAAAUAGUGGCUCUUCUAAUUCCACAUUGCGCCCAAGUCCUAUUGCUCCUCAGCUGCUUCCCACUCGUAGCCAGUCGCGAGCAGACAGUCUCAACGCUGUUUCCCGCGAAGCCACGGCGUCUCCUGUGCCAGGCGUGUCUGCAUCCUCCAAUCAGCCAAACAAAGGACACGCAUCACCUUCGAAGCCAUCCGGCACACGAACGUACGACUCCAAACUCAUCUCUCGCGAGAUGCAUCGACUGGGUAACCUCGCCCACCUACCGUCGUUGAAUCCCUCGCUGUCAUCAGCUUCUACCACGACGCUGAAUUUACCUCCUACUACAUCAAACAUUGCGUCAUUAUCCACUACUGACAACCCGUGGACUACGUUACACGUCUACGUACUGCCUCUCUUUAAUGGCGAACCGUUGCGAGUGCCGAUCGAGGAUCUCAAUGCCUUGGUCAAGCGCCAUAUCCAGACUGUCGUCUCUGCCUCCCCGUCGAAGGCGAUAUCCGUUCUAGAACAUGAUGCGUCGGAACUGAUAAACGCAGGCAUGCUCAAUGUCACCUCCAAAUUGUCCGGUAUCGACGAUGACAAGCUCGUAAAUCGAGUGGUUGAAUUAUGGGGCUUCUUUUGGGAUCAAGUCCUUCCAUACGUCGAAGGAGCACUUUUACCGCUUCAGACUGACACCAUACUGUCAUCACUCUACCGAACAAUUGCGAAAGGUCAUAAACCAACUUCUCCGGUAGCGCAGAAUGUCAAAGGCUCGAUGUCAGGAGUUCUACACCAAUCGACGCCCCAGAUUGAUGUUCGGACCAUUGCUCUACAAUCGUUCCGUGACCGCAUCAUCUUGCCUGCCUUCCCCGUUCUCAAUGCCCGCCUAUUAGCGCAACGUGAAUAUCCUGAGAGCCCUAGUUAUCAACAACCAAGACUGCAACAAAUGCUACUGGUUCUGGUCUCACAGCGGUCUCUACCUUCCGCCCUCUCGCUGACGGAACCAACGCCGCCACCCACAGCAGGUGAAGCAGCGAUCCAACAUCUUCUUCGCGCCAUUCGUACACCGAUGACUCAUGGCUCCUCCAAUAUCCGUCACCGCUACUCAAGAGGCGCACCGUCAUUCCUUUCUGCGGGUGCGCCUCGAGAUAGGCGAGGGCGGAUUGACUUGAAAAACCACAUUAGGUCAUCCCGGGGGGAAGACGAGGGCGACGAUGGAGGUGAUACCCCGAGAUUCCACGGCUUCGUGGAAACUGGGAGGGAACAGGGGCGAGAGUUCUUGGAGAGUCUCCGGAGCCCGGAUCUUGAGACUCCGAAUCCUGGUAUGGGAGGUUGGGGGUUGGGUAUUGGUAAUGAGGAUAAGAAGGUCGACGACGAGCCCGAGGAGGAAGAUAACAUGGAUUGGGAUCAAGCACAGGCUGUCGUUGAACGCAUGGUAGGCAUGAAGGGAGACAGUUCACAGCUUUCUGAUGCACGAAGGCGAUAAUCAUUUUUUUCUCCAUGGUAGUAUCUUGAGUAAGGUUUGAGGGAAACUAUUUAUGUUUUAUCUAUAUAGGUAUACGGUUGGGCACAGAUAGCGACUGCUGGCCGGCAGCUGUCGUGCUAGAGUACUCCAGGAUUCUAAUUAUUCGGUUAUUCGGGAAUAUAGUUUCAUUCCACCACGUUUCCUGCGAGAACAUUGGUCUCUUCCUCAUCCAUGGAUUCUGGGUCUUCUCGGGCUGGUGGUAUGGUCUGAACAGCCUUCCGGGCGGCAGACCUUUGGCCAGCGACGUAUCGUGCUCUGGCUCGCUGCCGACAGAUUUUACAUC